UAUUCUCAAGUGCUCCCCGCACACGGUCCGCACCGCGUACCGCAGGGACACUGCAUGAAAAGGUCUCAGUACAACACGCCAAGAUCAUGAAAGUCAUGAUUGUGAUUACUAGUUCAACCAUUGAAAUGCAUGACUUUAUUCGUUGCGUCUGAGCCCUGGUCAGGACAGCAGGCUUUCUUGUUGCUGCUUCCUUCCUCCUCACAGUCAUACUGUCAUAGUGCCUACAUUCUACGGUACUUGUUGUGAUUGGCAUUGAUGCUCCACGACUACAUAGUCGUACUAUGUACUUGACAUCAUGAUUCAUGACUGGUGUGCACCAUAAAAGACGUUAAGUGUCUGCACACAAUGGGGCUUCGAACCACAACACUAGUACAUACUAGUGUCGUGUGUACCUCCUUGUCGCCCACAACAAAAUUAAUGGUGAGACUACUUUGCGCUCUCUGCAUGAAAUGCUACACGAAAGCCAUCCUGUCAGCUUUGUGGCUAACCGGUAGCUGGUGGCUGGUGCUUUUCUUGGAGUAACAGUUGGGAGAGGAUUCGCGUGUCAGUUGAAAUGAUCACCAGUCACAGCACCAUGAAGGCAUGAUCGUGGGUGGAUUGCGUGGAAAUAGCCACUGUACUACAGUAUAAAUCAUCGCGAUUUGGAUGAGCUGCUUCAGUACUUGCUUGGAGAAGAAGAGCAAACGUGGAAUAUCAGUUUCUAUAAAAAGUUUGUAGAUUGCAAGCAUUUGCGGUCUAGCAAUAGUACUGGUGUGCUUUGAAUCUAGCUGAAAUCCAAGCUAUCCAUCGCAGCAGCCAUGGACACGUCGCUGACGCAGGGUAGAGCAAGGGUGUUCACGUCAGAGAAGACUAAACUGAAGCAUGUCGUUCGUGAGCUUGUGGAUCACUACUUCAUGCCUGAAGCCGACCAGGAGAUCGUCAGGGCGGUAUGUCAUAGAAGUAACUACCUGAUAGAUGUGAAGGCCACGACUGAAGAGAAGUACAUCGUCAGCAUACCGUCGAAAUUUAGAAAGAAGAUUUGGAUCCAAAGGGGCCAAUACCUUAUCGUGGAGCCUAUAGCUGAAGGCAAGAAGGUAAAGGCAGAAGUGGUUCAUGUUUUAUUUCCUGAACAUGUGCAACACUUGCAAGAGAAUUGUCUUUGGCCCAAAGUGUUUGAACCUCCAUUCAAGGGACAGUACCAGAAACGCAUUGCAGCGGUGGAUAGGCACGAAGAAGCCAAGCGAAAAGCCGAAGCUGAUGAAGCUGCAGCUUCAAAGCAAGCCGGGCAAGAAAUGGAAGCAUCUGCGCUUGCUGAUACUGCGGCUGGUGGUGGCUGUAAUGCAUCAUCGCCAUCUGAGUCAGAAGAGGAGCAGGACGAUUCUGAUUUGUUUGUCAAUCGCAACCGUCUCUAUAUGUAUGGUGAACCAACGGAGGAAGAAGUUGAGACAAGCGAGGAGGAUGAUGAUGAAGAAGAAGAGGAGGAGGAGGGAAGCGAUGCAGAUGAUGAAGAAGAAGAAGAGGUGGAUGUGAUGGGUGGAGAAUGUGGUGAGGCAGAAGACGAUGCUAACAGAGAAGAUACACGAUGUGAGGAACCCAACAAGGCAGCAGCCAACUGUUUUGACCUUGACGUUGAGAAGAGCUGAUAUUUUGUGCAGCUCCGAGUAAUGCUGUUACUAACACUUGUUUCGUGGGUGGAAUUGAGACCCAGAACACGUGUACUGAGUGUGGACAAUGACCUGACUUGAACUGAUCACUGCACUAGUAUGGGACACCAAUCAUCACUGUCACCGGCGACACUCACCACUGCGCAGGUGGUGCACAGGAUGCAAGGUAUGACAGUUCAUGUGCUCUGUUGCUGUGUGAUUCUUUGAUGCUGAAUAUUCAGCAGCUAGUUUCUGAUACCACUCUGAUCUCCUACUGUUGACCUGAUCCUUCAUGGAGCACAGUCAGUGGCGCUGAUCUAUUCUGUUGAGUUAUAAAUAUAACAUUUACUUAUACUGUCAUUGUGUGACCACCUUACGCUACGGCAGCUUGAUGCGCUGCAUGUCUUUUUGCUGCUAUUCUGCUGCUUCUAUAUGGCUGAUGCUAGCAGUUAAUCUCCGUGCUGAACGCUGCAGAACGCGCUGUUUCAAAGCUGGCUUUGAAACAGUGGAUUGACCUUCUUUUUCUUUCCUUUUUAAACUGCUGUGUUGAUACUCGCAAACCACACCGUACCAUAUUCUUCCCUCUCUCCAGUAUGUUUCCUGCACAGUCUGUGGACUAUAGCUGCACCUAGUACCCUGCCCGGGCGGCACUUCUGUGAGGACAUUCGCAUUUGUAAUAGUUUUUUUUUCUUCUUCAUUUAAAGACGGCAGCAACGAAUUACAGCUAGCAUUGCCUGUACACACAGUGCCUUGAUAUUUAUAACGCUCUCAGUUUGUACCUUCCUCACCAUAACGCCCUGUAAUGGGCAAUUCCACGCUGUACAUAACAUUGGACUCGUGA